GGCCCAACCCUAAUAAUAAUUAAAAAAAAAAAGCCUUGUCGCAGUUUCUUCUUCGCUCUCCGUCGCGCUUCAUUCUCCCUCUCUCAAACUCGCCCAUUCUAUCGAUUUCGAUUUCCCAGAAAAGUUUUAACGUUUGUUGUAAUCGGAAUCAGACAAAGGCUCUGUGUCUUGAUCGCGGUGGCUUUAGAAACCCAAAUUUCAUUUGAGUACCUCAGAAUCAUCAAUCAAUCAAUCAAUUUUAUCAUCUUAUUAGAUGGGAACUCCGGAGUCAUCACGAGAGCCGUGCCCUGACCGUAUCCUCGACGACAUCGGCGGCGCCUUUGGUAUGGGAGCCGUUGGAGGAUCCGCCUUUCACUUCCUCAAGGGAACAUACAACUCACCCAAAGGCAGUCGCUUUCUCGGCGGCAAACAAGCCGUUGCCAUGAACGCUCCUCGCCUGGGAGGCAGUUUCGCUGUUUGGGGAGGUCUUUUCUCGACGUUUGAUUGCUCCAUGGUGUACCUUAGGCAGAAGGAGGAUCCGUGGAACUCGAUUAUUGCAGGUGCUGCGACUGGUGGGUUUCUGUCUAUGCGUCAGGGGCCUAACGCGGCUGUGAGGUCUGCGCUUGUUGGUGGGGUUCUGUUGGCUUUGAUUGAAGGAGCGGGGAUAGCGUUGAACAAGAUGAUGGCUGAGCCUCAGCAUAUGCAGAUGGAGGAGGGGAUGCCUGGGAUGCAGAUGGGGCAGCAGCAGCAGAUGCCGAAUCAGGGGCAACCGCCGGAGAAUACUGCUUCGUCAUGGUUUGGAGGUCUUUUUGGUAAGAAGAACGAGGAGCCGCAGCAAACGAGUAGCGGAAGUGAAACGAAGGUGUUAGAGAGUUUUGAUGCGCCUCCUGUGCCAUCAUUUGAGUACAAGUAAAGCUUGUCUGUUGGUGGGAUGCUCUUCAACAAGUCUUUUAUAUUUUGUCGUCGUCCUAUAUCCUUUUUGUUCUUGGAACAAUGAGCACUCUGUGUCGCUUGUCUCUCUUAAACUUAUAUCUGACAACUAUUGUUGGCUUUUAAAUAAUUUAGUUUUAGAUUUUUCGUAAUGAAUAAGCUUCAAUGA